AUGGAGAUGGUCAAAGAGGCCAUGGAGCCCACUGAGGUGGAAGUCACAAGGCUCUGCCAGGACAUGUUCUCCAAAAUGGCCAUGUACCUGACAAGCAAGCUGAUAGUCACCAAUGAAGACUAUAAACUUCUGGAAAAUAUGAACAAACUGACUAUCUUGAAGUAUCUAGAAAUGAAAGAUAUAGUAAAUAUAAGUAGAACACUAAAAGACUUAAACAAGAUAUGUGUAGCACUUCAGACUUAUCUGGAUCAGAUCACUUUAACUGAGGACAAAGUAGUAGCUCUCCAGCAGGCAGCUUACCAGUUCGAUGCAUAUUCAAAGAAACUAGAAGCAAAGUACAAGAAAUUAGAGAGGCGAUGA